UUUUUAUUUUUUUUUACUUUGCAUGGUAUAUUAAUUAUUAUUUAAUAUGCUUGAAUCACCUAUAUUUAAGGUCAAUUAUGGCACAAUUUCAUUUGAUUUUGAAGAAUUUAUUAAAAAUGAGUUAGGAUUAAAGCUUAAUGAUCAAGUUAAAAAAGAAGAUGAACCUAUUUGUAAAUAUUAUUUAAAGGGUACUUGUACAAAAGGAAAUAAUUGUCAAUUUAAACAUAAAGGAUAUGAUAGAGAUAAAUCAGUCGUUUGUAAACAUUGGUUACGUGGAUUAUGUAAAAAGGGAGACAGUUGUGAAUUUUUACAUGUCUUUAACAUGAAGAAGAUGCCUGAAUGUUGGUUCUAUUCCAAGUAUGGGGAAUGUUGUAAUGGAGAUGAAUGUAUGUAUCUUCAUAUUGAUCCUGAAAGUAAACAAAAGGAAUGUCCUUGGUAUGCUCGAGGAUUUUGUAAACAUGGACCUAAUUGUCGUAAUAAGCAUGUGAGAAAACUAGUUUGUCAAAAUUAUUUAACUGGUUUUUGUCCUGAUGGUCUUAAUUGUCCCAAUGGUCAUCCAAAAUAUGAAUUACCUGUAAUGUAUACUCUACAACAAAAUGAUCCUUCUGAUCAGCAACAGCAACAAAAACAACAACAGCAGCAGCAACAACAGCAACAUCCACAACAACAACAGCAGCAGCAACAUCAACAACAACAACAACAGCAGCAGCAGCAGCAGCAACAACAAACAUAUAGAAGACUAGAAGACGUGACAUGCUUCAAAUGUGGGCAACAAGGACAUUAUGCAAAUCGAUGUCCACAAGGUAAAUUUGGAUUUCUAAAGCAACAACAACAACAACAAUAGUAAUAAACUUGUAAAUAUUCUAAUUAUGUCACUUUUAUAUAUAUAUUAUACACAUUAAACAAACAAAUGAGUGAAUAUUACAUAAUACACAAAUUAAGCUUUUAAAUUAUCCAAUUAUAUAGUUUUCAUAGAAAUUAGUACAGUUUAUAUUUAAAAUGAAAUACAUUACUGAAUAGAAAAAAAAAA